GAGUUUAUUACUUCUGCACAGGAUCGUAAAGUGUGACAGCGUGGGACGGGGAGGUCAUUGGAAAGUAAAGAGAAGGGGGUCUGGGCAAGCUUUGGGGAGGAAUCAAAGAAUAGUACCUAAAUUGGCCGCUUUAAAAGUUGACAUUAUUUGCUGUCUUGCUAACGCAGCCUCCAAAGCGUGAAAGAGUUGUUCGAGAGGAGUAAAAGGACGUUUUGUGGAAGGGUAUUAGCUUGCUACCUAGCCAAAUUAGCGAAAAUGCUGCGCUUAGUUGUACGUAUGAGACAGUCUGUCAGUCUCACCCGUUCCUGUAACUCUCUGGGUUUACGAUCGGAACCAGGCCCAUGUCAUCUCAAGAGAUACCACCACAACAAAGGGCCGUGUCGCAUUCGGCCGCUGAGUCGAGCUGCCGGUCUACAGAUCCAGUUUAACAGAGGUCGCGUCUUGCAUGGCAACCAGAUUGUUAGCAGCUAUCAUGGGAGUCAACGCUUCUAUGGCCUUCCCCCCCAUCAAAAGGUGCAGCUGCCUGCCCUGUCUCCAACCAUGCAGGUGGGCACCAUUGCACGCUGGGAAAAGAAAGAGGGAGAGAAGAUCUGCGAGGGAGAUCUGAUCGCUGAGGUGGAGACGGACAAGGCUACAGUGGGCUUUGAGGUGAUGGAAGACUGUUACCUGGCUAAGAUCCUCGUCCCAGAGGGGACCAGGGAUGUGGCCAUCGGAUCCCUCAUCUGCAUCACAGUGGACAGCCUAGACCAGGUUGCUGCGUUCAAGGACUACACGCUGGAGAUGGCCGCCGCAGAAGCCCCCGCCGCCGCCGCACCCCCCUCCGCUCCUGCGCCCGCCGCUGCCGCCCCUUCCGCAGUGCCAGGCAGCUCGUACCCCACCCACAUGAAGGUGUGCCUGCCCGCGCUCUCCCCCACCAUGACCAUGGGGACCGUGCAGCGCUGGGAGAAGAAGGUGGGAGAGAAGCUCAACGAGGGAGACCUACUGGCUGAGAUCGAGACCGACAAGGCCACCAUCGGCUUUGAGGUACAGGAGGAGGGCUGGCUGGCGAAGGUGAUGGUCCCUGAAGGGACUCGGGACGUCCCGCUGGGCACACCCCUCUGCAUCAUCGUGGAGAAGGAGGCCGACAUCAAGGCCUUCGCCGACUACGUGGAGACCGGCAUAACAGCAGCUUCUCCACCACCACCUGCCCCCACAGCGGCAGCUCCCCCCCCCGCGGCCACUCCUGCCGCCCCCGUCGUUGCUCCUGCUGCGCCCGUCAAGAAGGGGGGCAGGAUGUUCGCCAGCCCUCUGGCCAAGAAACUGGCAGCGGAGAAAGGCAUCGACCUGGCACAGGUGGCAGGCUCUGGUCCCGAUGGAAGAGUCACCAAGAAGGACAUUGAGAGCUUUGUGCCGCACAAGGUUGCCCCUGCCGCUGCUCCUGUGGCGGCUGCUCCUGUGGCGGCUGCUCCUGUGGUGGCUGCUCCUACUCCAGCAGCUCCACCUGCUGCCGCCCCCGCCGGAACUUUCACAGACAUCCCCAUCAGCAACAUCCGCAAGGUGAUUGCCCAGAGGCUGCUGCAGUCCAAACAGACCAUCCCUCAUUAUUACCUGUCUGUGGACGUCAACAUGGACCAGGUGAUCGAGCUCAGGAAGGAGCUCAACCAGGAGGUGAAGGCUGACAACAUCAAGCUGUCGGUGAAUGACUUCAUCAUCAAGGCCUCGGCUCUGGCCUGCCUGAAGGUCCCUGAGGCCAACUCCUCCUGGCUGGACACGGUCAUCCGACAGAACCAUGUGGUGGAUGUUAGCGUAGCAGUUAGCACCCCUAGCGGCCUUAUCACUCCCAUAGUGUUCAACGCGCACGUCAAAGGACUGGCAAACAUCAGCAAAGACGUCAACUCGCUGGCCGCCAGAGCUCGCGAGGGCAAACUGCAGCCCCAUGAGUUCCAGGGAGGCACGUUUACCAUCUCUAACCUGGGCAUGUUCGGCGUCAAGAACUUCUCGGCCAUCAUCAACCCUCCUCAGGCCUGUAUCCUGGCAGUGGGGGGCUCGGAGAAGAGGCUUCUCCCUGCAGACAACGAGAAAGGGUUUGACGUGGCCAGUAUGAUGUCCGUGACGCUCAGCUGUGACCACCGGGUGGUGGACGGAGCCGUGGGCGCCCAGUGGCUCGCCGAGUUCCGCAAGUUCCUGGAGAGGCCAGUCACCAUGCUGCUGUGACCCCUCACCCCUGACCUCCAGGAACCACCGACCCCGUGACCUUCGACCCCGCUCAUAGACUCUCUCUCUCUCUGCAGAGACGCUGGAACCACCGCAGGGAAGACAAACUCUUCCUACCCAACCUGCCACAACACACCCUCCCAUCAUCAACAACAAACACACACUAUCUCAAUAACUACACCCUCGAAACACCAGAGCUCCCACAUCUACCAGUUGGGGGGGGGUGAUAGCCCCCCCUCCUCUACUUACAAUAGUGAGUCUGAUGAAAGAGCAGGUCAAGUAGAGCUAGUGUUUCAGCCCUGUCUCUGUCUCUGGUGUACUGUACGUCUCCUGUCUUAUGUUGUGUGUGUGAAGUCUGUCUAGCGAGCGCAGCCAGGAGCGGGGUGCAGUGAGAGGGGGCUGCCUGUCGGGGCGCCAGAGAGCCAGAGGAGAGGGAGUGCCGUUGGAGUUGGGUUCUGAUUAGACACAUUUUCUGUUGCUCUGAUGACAUUUUCAAGCUUUGGUGUUUGUAGCGCUGAGACGGUUCAUUGUACAUAUGAGGCUGGAGCUUUAGUCAGUUUAACUUUACACUUGCCCCUCUCCUGUCCCCCCCCCCGCCCCCCCCCUGCCAGGAUCACUCCAUGCCAACGCUCAGAAUGGAAACAUUCGUGUCACACACAUAGCGGGGCCUCUGCACUUUGGAAGCCCUUGUGAGGGGGCUUAUUUCUUGAAUGCUGCCAACCGUUGUGUUAUUUAUUUUUACCAAACGUUGGGAUGUUGUAUAAGGGGAAUAUGAACUGUCAGAGGAAACCAUUUUGUGUUGUUUUAAAAACCGUUGUGUGAGCAGUCAUUGGGACAUGUCUUUCAUUGAUAUCAUUCUGUUGCAGGUAUUAGCUUUAUCCCCUGAAACUCAUUUUAACGAAAGGGCAAUUGGAAGACUGCAGUAUGACAUGAAAUAAAUUAUCUGUGACUUUCA